GCAGCCCUCCCGGCCAGGCGUCCCCUGCAGCAUGGCCUGGAACACCAACCUCCGCUGGCGGCUGCCGCUCACCUGCUUGCUCCUGCAGGCGGCCUUGGUGGUCCUAUUCGGUGUGUUCGUGCGCUACAGCCCCGAUGCCGACGCCCACUGGAUCGAGGAGAAGGGGUCCGGGAACGUCUCCAGCGACCUUGACAACGAAUUCUACUACCGCUACCCCAGCUUCCAAGAUGUGCACGUGAUGAUCUUUGUGGGCUUCGGCUUCCUCAUGACCUUCCUGCAGCGCUAUGGCUACAGCUCCGUGGGCUUCAACUUCCUGCUGGCGGCCUUCGGCAUCCAGUGGGCGCUGCUCAUGCAGGGCUGGCUGCACUCCUACCACGACGGCUACAUUUUCGUGGGCGUGGAGAACCUCAUCAACGCGGACUUCUGUGUGGGCUCUGUCUGUGUGGCCUUUGGGGCCCUUCUGGGCAAAGUCAGCCCUCUGCAGCUGCUCAUCAUGACGCUCUUCCAAGUGACCCUCUUCUCAGUGAAUGAAUUCAUCCUCCUCAGCCUGCUAAAGGUGAAGGACGCAGGGGGCUCCAUGACCAUCCACACGUUCGGUGCCUACUUUGGGCUCACAGUGACCUGGAUUCUCUACCGGCCCAACCUGUACCAGAGCAAGGAGAGGCAGAGUGCUGUGUACCACUCGGACCUCUUUGCCAUGAUCGGCACCCUCUUCCUGUGGAUGUACUGGCCCAGCUUCAACUCAGCUGUGUCCAAUCACGGAGACGCCCAGCACCGAGCUGCCAUCAACACCUACUGCUCCUUGGCAGCCUGUGUGCUCACCGCGGUGGCGCUGUCCAGCGCCCUGCACAAGAAGGGCAAGCUGGACAUGGUGCACAUCCAGAACGCCACGCUGGCAGGAGGGGUGGCCGUGGGCACAGCCGCCGAGAUGAUGCUCACGCCGUACGGCUCCCUCAUCGUCGGUUUCAUCUGUGGCAUUGUCUCCACGCUGGGUUUUGUGUACCUGACGCCAUUCCUGGAGUCCCACCUACGGAUCCAGGACACGUGUGGCAUCCACAACCUGCACGGCAUUCCCGGCAUCAUAGGUGGCAUUGUGGGGGCUGUGACGGCGGCCUGCGCCAAUGUUCACGCGUACGGACAGGAAGGGCUUGCUCACGCCUUUGACUUUGAACUUGGCGAUGCUAACUGGUCCCCAAGCAUGCAGGGCAGUUUCCAGGCCGCCGGCAUCUUCGUGUCCCUGGCCAUGGCUCUGGUGGGCGGCAUCAUUGUGGGGAUCAUUUUGAAAUUACCAAUCUGGGGACAACCUGCCGACGAGAACUGCUUUGAUGACACAAUCUACUGGGAGGUGCCCGAGGAAGAGAAAAAUGAGGUCUUCCAUCCGGAGGACCCUACCCUCAAGCCAUCCGAAACUUAAGCUCCCAGGGCAGGUGUGAAGCAGGCUCUGCAGCCUGUCCCAGUGCUCCAUCCAGAAGAAGCCGGUGCUGAGCAAGCUGGGUAUACGAGGGGAGCAGCACCCCGCCUGCUGGCUUGGCCCGGGGUGUCUCCACCCCUCCUUUCCCCUUCAUCCCAGGGGCCUGCCUGAGAAUGGAGCCGGAGGGGUUGUAGACAAAGGGGGUGGGGCACCUCCGCCAGUUCUGGCUGCUGGAGGCCUGCCACCAGGGGUCUUGGUGGCCACAUCCUGAGAAAAGCAGGCAGGAGCGGGGCUGGGGCCUGGGGGUGGACCCAAGCCCCCCUAGGAGACAGCUUGGCUGCCAGCCAACUGCUGGGCUCCUCUACUCUCUGCCUGGCUCUCAGCCUAUACAUCCUAUGGCCCCUGGGUCCCCUAGACCUCUCUGUGCUGUACAGAGGUGGCACCUUCUAUGAAUAAACAUUCUUGGUAUUCUUUGUAGAAUGGGUGCGAAUACUCCAAUAGGACCGGUUAGAGGAACAAAAGGACCCAAGAGACCUGGGCUGCUGCCCCAGUCCAGACCUCCUACCCAAGGCUGCCACUCACACUGCAAGGCAAAUCGUCUCAGACUGCAGAGGAAGAAUUUGGGGUGCUGGAACCUGCCUCCACCGGGGGCCCCCUGACAGGGCUCAGCUUUUGGGCUGGGGUCUUUCCCCUGGGCCCGUGACUUCACAUCAACCAUUCCAGAAGCUCGCCCAUUGUGGAGC